GGUGGUUUUACCUCAGCAUGUGUGUGUGUGUAUAUAUGACUGAAACUGAAAAGUGAUCACAAAAGAGUGCAGGGUGUUAGAGAGAAUGAUGAUGGGUUGACCUUUGGAGAGCAUCUCACCUAAAAAACCCGGAGAACAUGGAAGCCAAAAAGGUCCUCCAUUUUGUGCCAUCUGAUGCUCCAUCGACCGGGAGGUCCAAGAAUGGAUAUGUUUUCCAAGAGAUGGAGCUGCAGGAUGGGGCACAGGAGGAUUGUGAGCAAGAUUCACCUGUCUCUCAUAAGGACAUAUAUGAAAACCAGAUCCAGAUCAGUGUUUCAGGUCCUGACUGCCCUGAGUUUGGGCUUUUAAACACAACAAGAAAAUAUGUGAAGCCAAUGAACUUCCAGGAGGAAGUGCGCGCCCACAGAGAUCUGGAUGACUUCCUGGCUCAGGCAAGCAUCCUUUUAGAUGAAAAAGCCACCACUCUGGAUGAGGUCCUCAGGCGAAUGUUAACUCAUAUGGUGGAGGAUGGCCACGGGAGCUGUGAUGCAGACGAGGUCAUGAACUCACUGUUCACAGACGCAGGAGGGAAGGAGUUUAAUGUUCACCUUCUGUCAGAGACCAUUCAAGGUGUGACUGCUACUUCCACUGGCAUUCGUUACCAGCAGUCCUGGCUUUGUAUUCUCUCCAAUGUCAGAAACCUGCAGAGACGCCAUGUCUGCAUUGCUCGCCUGGAGAGGCCACAGAACUGGGGCACCAACUGCUGCGAGACUCGAUAUGUCAUCCUCAUCCUGGCCCCUCCUAGAACGAAAAGCACCAAGACGGCCAUUGAACUCAGUCGAACAUUUUCCACAAUGUUCUCUGACAUUUCAUUCAGGCAGAAGCUACUGGAGGCGAAGACCCAGCAGGAGUUCAAACAGGAGCUGGUCUACCAGCGACAGCAGCUCUCCAUGGUCACUGAGAAGCUGGUCGUAGAGGAAAUAGAGGAUUCAGAUCCACGUAGAGGAAAAUCACUUCAGUGCAUAGAUUUCUUUAAAGCUGGAAAAGGUGUUUAUGAUGAUCUCCGUCGCAGACUUCCCCUCUACCCUUCAGACUUCACAGAUGGUAUAACUGGGAAGGACCGCUGUCUGCUGAAGUAUACUACCACUGCUAUUUUUCUCUACAUUGCCAUUCUGCUGCCUGCUAUUGCCUUUGGCUCACUGAAUGACGAAAGCACAAGGGGAGAGAUAGAUGUUCAGAAGACCAUUGUUGGCCAGAGCAUUGGAGGAGUGAUCUACUCUUUGUUUGCUGGAUCACCACUUGUCAUUCCACUGACAACUGCACCACUGGCCAUUUUCAUAAGCGUCAUCAGGGGCAUCUGUGAUGACUACGAUCUCGACUUUGACGCUUUCUAUGCCUGCAUUGGUUUAUGGAACAGUCUGUUCCUCAUCCUAGGAGGCUUAUUUAAUGUCAGCCUGCUGAUGAAACUCUUCAAACGCUCAACAGAAGAAGUCAUUGCAUUGUUCAUCUCCAUAGCAUUUGUCGGGGAUGCAGUGAAAGGCACUGUCAAAAUUUUUCAGCACUUCUACCAUGGGCCCACACUGGCAACCACAAACAGCACAUUGGUGCUCCAGCAGAUAACCGAGAUUCUAGAGAAGACGAAGAACCAGACGGGACACAUGCUUGGUGAUCAUAAUGGAACUGUUUUAGUGACGGGACAUGAAGGAGAUCAUGCUUUAAUCUCUCUGCCUGCAUCUCUGGUGUUGUGCACAAGAGAAAGGCCCGUCCUCUGUCUGCUGCUCAUGUUGGGGACUUUAUGGCUGGGUUACGCCCUGUACCUCAUCAAGAGGAGCCCGUAUCUGAAUGACAAAAUCAGAGAGGUGGUGUCUGACUGUGCUUUGCCUAUCUCUGUGGUGAUAUUCUCCUUCAUUGGCUCUUACCUUUUCAUCGACAUACAGCUUCCUGUAUUCAGUGUCCACGAUGGCCGGAUCUUCAACUUCCCUCCAUUUGAAAAGCUGUCAGGAAUGAACACAUUGAGUGCAGUGGGGCUGGGUUUCCUCCUUGCGUUGCUCAUCUUUAUUGACCAGAACAUUGUCAUCUCACUCACACAUGUACCAGAACACAAGUUGCUAAAAGGCACAGCAUUCCACUGGGACUUAAUGCUGACUGGCUUCAUCAACAUCCUCAUGUCCUGUCUGGGGUUGCCAUGGAUGCAUGCUGCCUUCCCCCAUUCCUCCCUACACGCCCGUCAGCUGGCCAAAGUGGAACAGCACGUAGAAAACGGACACCUCUACACGACUAUUGUCAGUGUGAAGGAGACACGUCUGACCUCGCUGGUGGCGAACAUCCUGAUUGGCCUGUCUGCUUUCAUGCUGCCCAUUCCUCUGCAGUGGAUCCCCAAGCCUGUCCUCUAUGGCCUGUUUCUCUACAUCGCAGCCACUUCACUUGAUGGAAACCAGAUGGUGGACCGCAUGGCCCUGCUGCUUAAAGAACAGACCUCCUAUCCUCCCACCCACUAUAUUCGCCGUGUGCCUCAGAGGAAGAUCCACUACUUCACGGGGGUCCAGAUGAUCCAGCUAAUCAUCCUGUGUGCGUUUGGGAUGUAUCCUCUGCCCUACAUGAAGAUGGUCUUCCCCCUUCUGAUGAUCCUGCUGGUCCCUGUCAGGACCAGCCUGCUUCCCAGAAUAAUCGACGCCAAGUAUCUGGAUAUCAUGGACUCCCAGCACAUGUAGAACAACAGAGCGACCCUAUGAAAACAUAUAUUUUCUCCAGCUGGAAGGGAAACAGACUCAGAACUCAAUGAUUGUGUUACUAACUAAAUGAAAUGCAUUUGGACUGCAAGCUUUCGAUGCGAGUGCUCUGCUGGUGACUGAAACGACCAUUUACACCCAUCAUUUUCUUUGCCACUGUAAAAAAAAUGCUUUGUCCACCACACAUUUAUCAAUGUAGCCGACUUUCAUAUGUAAGAUUCCUACAUCUUUAUAUUACUUCUGUUUUACUGCUUCUGUUCACACACAGACACAUCUGUUUUGAGCUGUCAGAGACAUGUUUUGUAAUAUUUAAAAUAAAAUGUUAAUCAUUUUAAUUAAUUUAUGCAUGAUAUCGCUUAAUAGAGAGCUAUUUGGCCGUUGUCCUACUUGGUUUUAAAAUGUGAUAUUGAUGCAGGGUUUCACCACCAGAAAACAAUCCAUAGGGGGAGUCAUUUCUAGGAGUUAAAAACAUGUUGAAGCCAAGUAUCACAAGAUGUUCCAGAUGUUAAGAUGUGAAAAACUGCUAUUUUUGUUGAUAAUUGGCUCUGUACAUUGUAAAUUUUGGUAUUAAAUCAAACUGUUAAGCAAUUAAAGCCCUUUAAAGGA